AGAAUCUGGAAAAAAAUAGAAAGAGAGAACAGGAAACACGAGCUAUUCAAUAAGUGAUAAAUGCUCUAGAGUGGUUAAAUAUUAAUUCAGUGUUUGCGCUAAUUAGUGUGACAACAAAGUUUGAGAUGAAUGGAUUUGUGUAGGAAGAACGCCGUGAAAACCUCACUGGGCAUUCAUCCCCAGAAACUAUUUUGUGUGACAAUCUUUCCGUGGUUAAAUUAGUCAAAGUUUGUUAUAAAUAUUACAAAAAAUAAAAUAAAAGUGAUUCCGAGUGCAUGAUCUGGGGAAUACGCGAAAACUGAGAAAUAUUUGGAGAAUCGGAAAUGGUGUCGUACUAUACAAAUUCACUGACAAUGUACCCCAAGAAUCCAUGCACCAACCUCUAUCCGGCGCCCAAUCACUGGUACGCCCCAAACUACCAUCAGCCCCCAAAUGCCCAGCUCUUCGGACCCGAUUCCGACGCACAGGCCCAAUCGAUGUACUACACACAUCAUGCCAUGUUCCAUCAGGGUAGUCCUGACUGGCCUAGCCACGACAAUUUCUCCACUCCGCAGAACAGCCUACUGCACCAGAGUGCAUCCUCUGGGAGCGGAACACCCGGACUGCACUUGAGUCAUGGUGCAUCCGGCGGCAUGGGACAAUCUUCGGGAGAGCACAUCAGUACCGAUGGACUCACUAGUAUUCCCUCUCCGCCCAUCACAGUGUCCGGCAGUGAGAUGUCUAGCCCAGGAGCACCCAAUGGGGCCGGAUCGCCACACACUGUGACCCGUCCGGCACCCGCUAAGAGCCCUUAUGAAUGGAUGAAGAAGACAUCCUACCAGAAUCAGACCACUCCAGGACGAGUCAACAUUUGCUCUGCACCUUCACUGCAAGAUUUUUCACCUUUGGAUCCAAGUGGCAAGACCCGGACAAAGGACAAAUACCGCGUGGUGUACACAGACUUCCAGCGACUGGAGCUGGAAAAAGAAUAUCACACAUCCAAAUACAUCACAAUCCGCCGGAAGACGGAACUGGCACAGACACUGUCGCUGUCUGAGCGACAGGUUAAGAUAUGGUUUCAGAAUCGUCGCGCCAAGGAACGCAAGCAGACCAAGAAGCACGAAACAAAUCCGUCUGGUGGUCAAAAUCACUCGAGUGCACUCGGUGGUAUGAUGGAGACAAAGCCCAAGAUAGAACCAUUGCACCUCCAACAUCCAGCACUGCAUCAAAUGAGUGCAAUGAGCAUGAGCAUGGGUCCCAUGAGUCUCCAUCCACACACCCUCCAUCACAGUCACUUCGGGAUGACCCCACCGCCCCCCUCGACACCCGGACACAACUUGCAUGGGCCCCAAGUUAGUCAGCCGGCCGUGUCGGCGGGCGCUCUCAUCUGAUUCCACCCAGAAAUUGGGACAGGAGAGGUCUGAAGCGCAAGAAUUGAAAGAAGGAAAAAUAUGAGAUUCUUUAGUGAUACACUAACUAGCUAUUCAAUUUUCAAUUGAUGACCCUAACGAUUAAUUAGUAUCCUUUCAUUAGGACGAAUUUUCGGAUGCAUUAUUUAUCUGCCGGAUUACAUUAAAUGCAGUGGAAUUUUGUAAAAAAAACUUAUAUUUUUAAGUUUUCAAUCAUAUUCAAAAAGACAUCGUGUAAUGUCUUCUGUUGUAUUAAAAAAAAUCUUCUCGCCUUCAGUCCUGAUCAAUACAUGAUAAUAAUCUGUUAAAUAGGUUACUUAAGAUUUUUAGGUUAUGUAUAACCUAACCCCGAAAAAAUAAAUUACUUUGUAACUCGAAAUUUCGAGAUUCAAAGCUUCAAUUUUCUUGAUAAAUUAAAAAAAUUGCAAUUUCUUUUCAUAGUGUUAACAAGAUUUCCAGAAAAGUAUCAAAUGACAAUGUUUCGCAAUGUUUUUGAGGUUAGAAUUUGAUUCACUUGAAAUUCAAAGAACUUUUAUAAUCAUGCCCUAAAUUAAGGCCAUAUAAUUGGUGAAUUGAUUUUGCCAAAUUUAUAAUAUUUUUUUUAAGUUAGACAUAGCAUAACCUGAAAUUUUUAAAAGAAACUCAUGGGCCAAGUAAGAGAAUGAGUUCCUUAAGGAGACAUUGCACCUCUUUACCAUUAAAAAAUGAGUUAAAGGUUAUAAUUAACAGAAAUAAACUUCUUUAAGACAAAAUUAAGACA